AUAUCUUUUGUAGUCUAUAGCUUGCCCCCGGAAGUUCAGCUGAACGUCUAUCGUGCCAUUUUAUAUUUGAUCGACAAUCAUUUCGCACUUUAUCAGACAACGGUAGUUAGCUGACGUUUGUUUCGUUUGUAUUGCUUGGAGCUUCACAGUGUUAGCUAAAAAGCUAGAUAGCUAUCGCUAGUUAGCUUGUUUUCAGCGAAGGCCACUGAAUGUAUAUUGUGAAGUUCAGUGUUGAUAGCUAGCUAGCGAUAUUUAGCUUUAGUUGAAAACCACAACUAUUCUAUACUAACGUUAUUUAAUUUAGCUGUAUUUGGCCUGUCUUGCAAGGCUCAUUGUCGAGUCUUAGUUUUCGCCACUGUUAUCAGAUACGGUCUCAAUUUUACUUCAUGUAGCAACGCUAUUUUUAGCACUAUCUACCUAGCUAGCUAAACUUAGCACGAUAUGUUGAAGCUUACAGAAGCUCAUUGGACAGCAAUACUAUUAAAUCAGUAGACCUUGUAGCAAAGUUAUCACUAGACAGUAACGUUAGCAUAAUUAGCGCGCACGCUAGCGUUAACCACUAGGUUUAGUCAGUCAAGCAUGUAUUGGGUUUCGAAGGUGAAUGAACAUGAUUGAAAUGUGUAUGACUGCUAGUCAGUGGGUGGAGGCAUCUACUUAUAAUUAACGUAAAUGAACUGUUACAGAAGAGGUGACAGAUUUUCUACCCUUCCUGAGUCAAUCCGCUUAACCAGGGUGUAAGGUCAUUUGACGUAGCCGACACCGAAAUGCGGGGAAUUUUCGUUAACUUUAACGUUAGCUGGCUUGCUGUUUACCUUCUUCACAUGUCGCACUUGGGAUGCAUUCUCGAUGGCACUCAAAGCUGACCAAAUUAAAAACUCUGAAAGGAUGGAUGUCAGCGGGUGCCGUCUUCUCCGUUAUCCUAGCUAUUGGAUUAACAGCACUUUUUUCAGCCGUGCACAAAAUAGAUGAGGGACACACUGGCGUUUACUACAGGGGAGGAGCACUCCUAACCACAACGAGCAGCCCCGGUUUCCACCUUAUGUUACCUUUCAUCACAUCCUUCAAGCCUGUACAGACUACUCUACAGACGGAUGAAGUUAAGAAUGUACCGUGUGGCACAAGCGGGGGUGUGAUGAUUUAUUUUGAUCGGAUAGAAGUCGUAAACUACCUUGUGCAAUCAGCUGUGUAUGAUAUUGUGAAAAAUUUCACGGCUGACUACGACAAGGCCCUGAUUUUCAACAAGGUCCACCAUGAGCUGAACCAGUUCUGUAGUGUGCACAAUCUGCAAGAGGUUUACAUCGGACUGUUUGGUAAAGGAAAAUACCAAAUAGAUGAGAACCUGAAAAUGACUCUACAGGAAGAACUGACAAACAUGGCUCCUGGGAUAAUCAUCCAGGCGGUUCGCGUCACCAAACCCAACAUCCCUGAGUCAAUACGCAGGAACUAUGAACUCAUGGAGAGUGAGAAAACAAAGCUGCUCAUAGCAGCAGAGACUCAGAAGGUUGUGGAGAAGGAGGCUGAAACUGAGCGAAUCAAAGCAGUGAUAGAGGCCGAGAAGCACGCCCAGGUGGGCGAGAUCAAGUUUUCGCAGAAAGUGAAGGAGAAGGAAACUGAGAAGAGGAUAUCUGAAAUUGAAGAUUCAGCUUACAUGGCCAGACAGAAGGCGAAAGCUGACGCAGAUUUCUACUCAGCCCAGAGAACUGCUGAGGCAAACAAGAUGAAGCUGACACCGGAAUACUUGCAGCUGAUGAAGUUCAAGGCCAUCUCUGCCAACAGCAAAAUCUACUUUGGCAGUGAGAUCCCCCACAUGUUUGUGGACUCGGGCUCCACGGGAACACCAAUGUCCUCUAAGGCCAUGGACAUGCUGUCGGAGGGAGUCCUGGACUUUGAGUGACUAACACAGGGCAAGACCAAGCACCACUCCUUGGGCCUGAAGCAGUGAUGGAGUCCCGCUAGGACAACCCCCUCCCCCCUCCCCCUCCCCAGCUGGUGUAACCGGUAGUGAAACUCAAUUGGUCACCUGACAGAUUGUGGCAGGAGCAGAUGCUGGCUUUUCCCUUAGAGUAAUGGAAUGUAACUAUUCUUAACAUGGUGCCCACAAACGCCUUUGUUCUGUACAUAACCCUUCCUUCUGCUGUCUUAGUCAUUCCUUGCACUGAAGGCAUUUAAAUGUAGGGCGAUGUUAUGCAAUGUGUUUUUUAUUAUUGUGUUAUAAUCAUAUUGGGUAGUGGAGCAGUGUUUUCCCUUGGAUUUCUUACUAGAGCAUCAUCAGCACCCAUGUUGAUUACUCCAGAGCAACUCUGAGGAAAUAGACUAGCGAGAUUGGUUUGUCAUUACCGUUGGCCACAUUCAGUUCACUCCACCAAAUAUGUUUAUUGCCUGGCCAGUACCAAGACCUAUGAGAAGUGCAUAUAUCUGUAAAGGGAAAGCCCUGGUGAUACGGUGUGAAAUGGAACGCACUGCAAUGCUGCUCCUGCACCGUUUUGCAUAUCAGCAAAUUCAUGACAAACCUGAAAGAAAUGAUGUCUCACUGACUGACAGAGAAGCCAGUUUGCAGUGUCGCUCUCAAAUUGAGACUUUGAAAAGUGACCGCACUCUGUGGGACCCAAAAUACUACCUUUGGCCGUGCUGGCAGAGACUAUUGACCGUUUUGGUCAUCAUAAAUGUCGGUCCAGAGUCCUCUACCAGCCUCAACCCUCUUAAAGAUCAACAAAUAAAAAAAAUUACAAAGUAACUGAUCAAAUAAUUUCCUCCAGGCUUGGCUGUGUAGGCCACUGCCAGAGGGGGGUAUUCACUGAUUAACUUAUACAGCAUUGUUCAUGGGAAAGGCAUCCACAUCCUGCUACAGCGUGGCAGGAGACCAAAUGUGAAUCAAGGCGAUGGUCAUUUUAUAGUACCGUUCUGAUCCUCGGCUUUGUUUUGGGAACAUUUCAGAGGCAGUGAUGUCCCACGACCCUUCCAGGUCAGAGGUGGUGUUCAUCUCUUUUAAUUUAGCUUCCAGUAACUUCUCUCCACUUUUAGCCUCCAGUACCUUCUCUCACUGUUUGAUGUGUUUGCUUUCAUUUUUUGUAAGCGGCCAUGUCUAAUGUGGACCAAAAUGUUUUUUUUUUUUGCUCCUGUCGUGGCACUUUCUCUUUUUGUCACUGAUUUACUGGCACUGAAGAACGACACUUCUGUCAAAUUCAUUCAUUCAUUCAUUCGUUCUACUGUCAUUCUUUUAACUUGGCAAAUGUUAAUAGAAUUGUUUUAAUGACCACUUAAAUAAACGUGCACAUUAUUAGUUUUGAUACACAGGCAUGAAUUAAGUUGUGAGGGGAUUCUGACCAAAAAGUGUCAUUCCUUGUUAAAUGACAAUUUAACCCUCCCAAAAUAAGUGCAGUUUAGCAGUGGUACAUUGUUUAGUUUCCAGAAACAGGAACAUGAAUGCUGUGUGAAAUGUUUCUUAUGGUCAAUUGCAUCAGAAGCACCUGUUGAUCACACUGGAUGGAUGUCUGCUGUUUUGAUACUUGCAGUAGUUUGUCAUGAACCACUGAGUGGCUUCCAGCUCAGGAUGACUUGAAUAUGACUUGAAGGAAACUAUUUUUGCACUCUUAAAUGAUAUUGUGGGGUGGGAAUGAGUGUAUUUUGUUGUUUAUACAAUAAAGAUGUGUAAUGGUGGAA